CCUCCCACUCUCGCACCGUCGAUGUCUACCUCCCUCUCUCUCCCCCUCUGUCUCCACGGGAUGGCUCUCAUUAAAUGCGGAAGUUUACACCCAGUUAAGCUGCUGCCGCCGCAACCAAGAUGAGCGUUGGUGUGACAGUUGAGCUGUAGCGAAGCUGGAGGAGCGGUGGGUCGGAGAGAGCGACGGUGCCAAACCGCGAGAAAACACCAAAGCCACCAGCGACACCGUCGCCGGACUGGACUUCAGACUCGCGUAUGGCUUCUCUGGGCAGCGCAGAUCGGCGGGCUUUCGCUCUGAAAAUCAACAGCGGGACACCAUAUCAUUCAACGCAAGCAUGACAAAGCCUCUACACAGCCAGCAGCGGUGGGCUUCUGUAGAGAGUGAACAAUAGUUGAAUAGGAACACCAUGGCUGGCCGAUUCGACUAAGAACAAUUGCGGAAUUGGUGCUGUUGCAUCUGUCAUUAAGAUACACUAUGUGUGCAUGUGGUUGGAAUUAUACACAAAAGAUGAGGCACUCUUCUGCAGAGAUCAGGAAACACUUUGGUGGGAACCAUGGCUUGCAUCACAGCCGAACCAACUCGAACGCUUCGGCCACAGUGUGGCUUACUGUGCCUCAGACGUAUGAUGCAGUGGAGCCCUUGGACCUGGAGGAAUUCUUCAUGUCGCAGUUAAAAAGUGGAGACUCUGCCCUGAUGCAGGAAUUUGGAGACUUUCCUGAUGAUGACCUGAAGGUGGAGCAGGUGGAAAAGGAGUGUCGCACUAUUCGACACUCUGUCCCAGAGGAUGGAGUGGAACUAGAUCCGCAUGUAAGAGACUGCAUAAAGAGUUACACCCAGCCGUGGCUUGUCGUCUCCAGAAGAUGCCAGGGGGAUGGCUGGAGUGUGUAUUCAGAGCGAACUGGCCUACACAAACUUCUUCGGAAACAGACCUUUGAGUCGGAUUUUCAGCCAGAAAAUCAAGAAAAAACGGUCAAGUCACCAACUCUAGCAACGUUGACAGAUGACUCUGGCCACACACUGACCUCCUCUGACUUUAACUUGCGGUGCCUGACUCCAGACAAGAGAGUUGAGGGUCUUCUGGCUUUCAGCAGCCAUGAAGAGCUGGAUCGUUUAAACCAGGAAACACGGCAAGGGAACAGACACCCUGAGCUGUUUGCGCUCUACCCACCACCUGAUGAGGAAGAUACAGUGGAAAUCCGUCCUGUUCCCGACUGCCCCAGAGAACACAUUGGAGAGCGCGUUAUGAUCAGAUGCCAGUCUAUAAAGUUUGAAAUAGAAAUUGAACCCAUAUUUGCCACCAUGGCACUGUAUGAUCUGAAAGAGAAGAAAAAGAUAUCUGAGAAUUUCUACUGUGACCUGAACUCUGAACAGUUUAAGAACUUCUUGAAAAAUCACACUGACCACAUUGAUCCGUCCUCGACAGCCAAAUCUGCCAUCUUCUCUAUCACCUACCCUUCCACAGAUAUAUAUCUGGUCAUCAAGAUUGAAAAGGUCCUUCAGCAGGGAGAGAUCAGUGACUGUGUCGACCCCUACGUGACACUGAGGGAAUGUGACUCUGGAAAGAACAAGGACAAAAUUGAGAAGCUGCGGAACCAGGCGGAUAGUUUCUGCCAGAGGCUGGGUCGCUAUCGCAUGCCAUUUGCCUGGGCAACUGUUAAUAUAAUGGAAGUGAUCAGCUCUGCUACAUUGGAGCGUGACAUCACAGACUCUGAGAACACAAAAGGAGGAAAAUCCAGCAGCAUUGACCGGAGAGGACUCCCUAGGAGGAACUCUGAACGUUACAGUACCAUCGAUGAACCGUUUUGCAACGUUUCUGGCUUCAAGCCUGCCACCAUCACUAUCUCCACCAUCAUCAAACAGGAAGGAGAUCGUCUAAGCGAUGAGGAUUUGCUCAAGUCCCUGACUGAGAUGAAGAAACCACAGAAGAGAAUCAAGACAAUACCAGGUACCAUAAAAUUGGACAUGUCUCCAGUCAACGAUACACCAACAUCAUGUUUGUCAACUGAGCUUAUCCCUCUUAAACCUGUGGCUGAGAAAAGCACUCGUCUCAUUAAGGAGGUGCUGGAGUUCCCCUCCAGUGAGGUUUAUGUUCCUCACAACAUCUACAGGAAUCUGCUCUAUGUCUACCCCCAGAGGCUCAACUUUGUCAACAGGUUGACAUCGGCAAGAAAUAUUACCAUCAAAAUCCAGUUUAUGAGUGGAGAGGAUCCUGGCUCGGCUAUGUGUGUCAUUUUUGGGAAAUCGAGUGGCCCUGAAUUUUUAAGUGAAGUCUAUACCCCUGUUACCUACCAUAACAAGUCUCCAGACUUCUAUGAGGAAGUGAAGAUUGCUCUUCCAGCACGUCUGACGGAGAGGCAUCACUUGCUGUUCACGUUCUUCCACAUCAGCUGUCAGCAGAAACAGAACCAGAGCGGCAGCUGUGAGACGCUCAUUGGAUACUCUUGGCUGCCCAUAUUGAAUAUUGAUCGACUGCAGACUGGUCAGUACUGUCUGCCCAUCAUCUUGGAGCGUCUCCCUGUCAACUACUCUCUACACACACCUGAGAAACUUCCUCUUCAGGUCCCUCCAGUGAAGUGGAUGGAGGGUCACAAGGGACUUUUCAACCUUGAAAUCCAGGCCGUGUCAUCCGUGCACACACAGGACAACCACCUGGAGCGUUUCUUCACCCUCUGCCAUGCACUGGAAGGUGGAGUAACAUUCCCUGUGCGGAUCAGGGAGGAGAAGAUUCCAGAGAACAAGCUGGAGCAUGAGCUGAAGCUCAGCAUCAUAGCCCUGUCCUCGUCCAGUCUAGAGGCUCUGGUCCUCUCCCUCCACCGAGUGCUAGAUAAACUCUUCACUCUCAUCAUGCAGCCCAUGGUCAUUGCUGGCCAGACCGCCAAUCUGGCACAGAUAGCCUUUGAGUCAGUGGUGUCCAUCAUCAACAGCCUUCAUAACAGCCAGGAACUGAUCAGGGACCAGCUGGGUAGGAACAGCCUCUUGGCAACCUACCUGUACUGGGUGUUUCGCCUGCCCGAUCCCCCUCGAGACAUGCAGAAUCCAGGUACAGGUGGCGCAGUACCUUCAGCAGAGAGCCGAUACAGCACUAUGGGUCGGGCCACGGCUGCCACCGUUGGCAGCAUGCUUCUCCAGUCCAGGAUCAGAAGCAGCAGCAACCCUGAUAUCCCAGGACCGCAUAACUCCGCUGAAGAUGACGAGGUCAAAAAUAUUCUCUCUGCCAAGGGCCACAACAACCCAGGCAGCCGCAUGUCCACCUACGUAGACGUAAACAACCAUCAGAACCCAUCAGGAAACACCAGGCCAUCCAACAGAAAGCAAUUUCAUGAGGAGCUGGCACUGCAAAUGGUUGUCAGCACCGGGGUCUGCAGAGAAAAUGCCUACAAAUACGCUUGGUUCUUCUUUGAGCUGCUGGUGAAAAGCAUGGCUCAGCAUGUGUCCCAGCUGGACAAGUACAAUAUUCCUCGCAGAAGUCGCUUCUCUGACCGAUUUAAAGAUGACAUCACCACAAUUGUCUCUGUGGUUACAGCUGAGAUUGGGACCAUCCUGGUCAAACAACAAAAGGAGGUAGAGCAAGCAGAGAAAGUCAACAUCAGCCUGGCUUUUUUCCUUUAUGACCUGAUGUCGCUCAUGGACAGAGGAUUUGUAUUCCACCUAGUGAAAAACUAUUGCAAUCAGAUGUCGGCUAAGAGUGUUUCAAUGCCGACGCUGAUCAGCAUGCGUCUAGAGUUCCUGCGAAUCCUGUGCAGUCAUGAGCACUAUCUCAACCUGAGCCUCUUCUUCAGCAGCCCUGCCUCCGCACCCGCCUCACCGUGUCCAUCCAUCUCCUCACAGAGUUCUGGCUCAUGCAGUUUCCAGGAGCAGCAGAGGAUCUUGGCUCUGUUUGAACUUUCUCCUGAAUUCAAGCAGCAACACUACCUCACGGGUCUGUUACUGACAGAGCUCAGUGCAGCGCUAGACAUGGAGUCAGAGGGGGGAAAGGUCCAGAGAAGGUCCAUCAAUGCAAUCUACAGCCUGCUGUGUGCUCAUGAUCUUGACCAUCGCUGUAUCAAACCUGAAGUCAGGGCCAAGGUGGCUGCUCUCUACCUCCCCCUGGUAGGGAUUAUUAUAGAAUCCACCAACUACCUGGAUUUCACUGUUUCUGACUCGCGCAGCGGGAAAAACAAGUCAGGCGGACCUGAUGAUGACCUUGAAAAUGUCCCACCUAUCAAUCAGUCUGUUGCCAUGGCAAUUGCUGGGAACCCCUUCAACACACUGGGACGGAACGCUCUUCUUUCCAUGGCAUCUAUGCAAGGUAAAUCCAUAGCCACCCUGGCUGCAGACACCAGUCGCCACCUUUUGGUGUGCUUCCUGUGGGUGAUGAAGAAUGCCGAUGGGAACCUGAUUCAGCGCUGGACUAUAGAUAUGCCUCCCUCACAGCUCAACAAGCUGCUGGAGCUCCUCACCAUCUGUAUCUCCUGCUUUGAGUAUAGGGGAAAGCAGAGCAGUGACAAAGUGAGCACCCAGGCCUUACAGAAAUCUCAGCAGGCCAAACAUCAGCUGGAGGAGGCCCUGCUGAGAGGAAUGGGAGCCCGUGGGGAAAUGAUGAAACGAGUUGGAGGAACAGAUAGGACCAUGGGUCAGAGAGAGGUCCUCCGCUGGAGAAAGGAUCUCACUCAGUGGCGACAGACCAAUGACAGACAGGAUAAGACUAAAGCUGAGUUGGACCAGGAAGCUCUGAUCAGUGGGAACUUGGCCACUGAGUCAAACCUCAUAGUGCUCGACCUGCUGGAGACAAUUGUCCAGGCGGUGCCAUUGGCUGAUUGUAAGGACAACGUAGUUGGCGGGGUGCUGAAGGUGUUACUCCACUCUCUCACCUGCAGCCAGAGUACCACUUUCCUCUCUCACACCUUCAGCACGCUCAGAGCACUUGUCGUCAAGUUUGGAGAUCUGUUGUUUGAAGAGGAGGCGGAGCAGUGUGCAGACCUGUGCCAGAAGGUGCUUCAGUACUGCAGCAGCCCUGUGGAUGAGAACAGAAGCCAGGCCUGUGCCACCCUCUAUCUCAUCAUGAGAUACAGCUACAGUAAUGCCAGUAAUUUCUCGAGAGUCAAGAUGCAGGUCACCAUGUCUCUGGCCUCGCUGGUGGGCAAGUCUUCAGACUUCCAGGAGGAGUACUUAAGACGCUCUCUGCGCACCAUCCUGGCCUAUGCAGAGGAGGACACUGAGAUGCAGAAUACUCAGCUUCCCUCCCAGGUGGAUGAGCUUCUAAGAAACCUGAACAGUAUUUUAUCCGACACAGUGAAGAUGAGGGAGUUUCAGGAAGAUCCUGAAAUGCUCAUGGACCUCAUGUACAGGAUAGCGAAAGGCUACCAGACGUCUCCUGACCUCCGCCUGACCUGGCUGCAGAACAUGGCAGAGAAGCACAACAACAGGAAGUGUUACACGGAGUCUGCAAUGUGUCUGGUGCACGCUGCCGCCCUGGUGGCUGAGUACCUCAGCAUGCUGGAGGAUCACAAGUACCUGCCUGUUGGCAGUGUCACCUUUCAGAAUAUCUCCCCCAAUGUGCUGGAGGAGUCUGCGGUGUCGGACGACAUCCUGUCCCCGGAUGAGGAUGGGGUGUGCUCAGGUCGCUACUUCACGGAGAGCGGCCUGGUGGGAUUGCUGGAGCAGGCUGCUGAGCUCUUCAGCAAUGGUGGUCUCUAUGAGGCAGUAAAUGAGGUCUACAAGAUCAUCAUACCAAUCCUAGAGGCACAUAGAGAUUUCAGAAAACUGGCGUCAACACAUGACAAACUUCAGAGAGCCUUUGAUAACAUCAUUCAGAAGGGACAUAAGAGGAUGUUUGGAACUUAUUUCCGAGUGGGCUUUUAUGGGGCCAAGUUUGGUGAUCUGGAUGAACGGGAAUUCAUCUACAAGGAGCCUGGGAUCACACAUCUGCCCGAGAUAUCACACAGGCUGGAGAACUUCUACAGUCAGUGCUUUGGAGAUGACACACUGGUGAUGAUUAAGGACUCUACGCCAGUGGACAGAAAACAGCUCAACCCCAAUAAGGCGUAUAUCCAGAUCACUUAUGUGGAACCCUUCUUUGACGACUAUGAGAUGAAAGACCGACUGACAAACUUUGAGAAGAACUUUAACCUGCGGCGCUUCAUGUACACCACACCCUUCACCAAGAGUGGGCGACCUCGGGGUGAACUCAAUGAACAGUACAAGAGAAAGACCAUCCUCACCACCAUGCAUGCUUUCCCCUAUGUCAAGACCCGCAUCAAUGUCAUUCAGAAAGAGGAGUUUGACUUGACGCCUAUCGAGGUGGCCAUAGAGGACAUGCAGAAGAAGACCAGAGAGCUCGCGGUUGCCACACACAGAGAACAACCCGAUGCUAAGAUGUUACAGAUGCUGCUACAGGGCUCUGUGGGAGCCACUGUUAACCAGGGCCCGUUGGAGGUGGCCCAGGUCUUCUUGAAUGAGAUCCCAGCGGACCCAAAGCUCUUCCGUCACCACAACAAACUGCGCCUGUGUUUCAAAGAAUUUAUAAUGAGGUGCGGUGAAGCAGUGGAGAAGAAUAAGCACCUGAUUGCAUCAGAUCAGAAGGAGUACCAGCAGGAGCUGAAGAAGAACUACAACCGCCUAAGAGAGAACCUAAGGCCAAUGCUCGAGAGGAAGAUUCCCGAACUCUAUAAACCCAUCAUCAGGCCUCGGCUGGAGAACAGGGAUUCCUUCAAACGUCUAAGUUUCCGCAGAACUCAGGAGGAAAACUCCUGAGUGCUUCAGACAGGAUGAGGAGGCUGUCACACAAGUGAGA